CAUAAACUAUUUGCUAUGAACGGUAUUACGAUAUCGGUAGUGUUUUGCAGUUGAAAUGGAAAUUUUACGUAAAUUUAUUUUUCACUUAUUCUUAAUACAUCUAUUAUUAUGCACAAUAGAAUGUCUGGAGUAUUUAUGUUACCAGGAAGAUGAAAAUUGUUUUGACCGCCAAAUGCAUCCGGAUUUGGUCAGAAAAGGAGAAGACCUUGAACGUUCCAUUAAUCCUUUGGAAUAUACAAACAAUUAUUGGUUGAAUUUGUCGAGAGAGUUUAUAAAGCAACAAAUGAACCGACAACCGAAUACAAAUAAAGCAAAAAAUAUUAUACUCUUUCUAGGCGAUGGCAUGGGUCUGACUACUAUAGCCGCUGCUCGCAAUUUAUUAGGCGGUACGGAACAAAAAUUGGCUUUCGAAACGUUUCCUUAUAGCGGUUUGUCGAAAACAUAUUCUGUGGAUAGAAUAGUGUCGGAUUCGGCUUGUACAGCUACGGCUUAUUUGUGCGGUAUUAAGGCCAUAAAGGGUACCAUUGGCGUUAACGGCCAAGUAAAUAUGGGCGAUUGUGAGACAGGCAUAGAUCGUAAUAAUCACGUAGAUUCUAUAGCGAAAUGGGCUAUGGAUGCGGGUAAAAGUGCCGGGGUGGUUACCACUACGCGUGUUACCCAUGCUUCACCUGCUGGCGUUUACGCUCAUAUAGCAGAUCGCGAUUGGGAAAACGAUAGUCAAGUCAAAGAGGCUUGCGGUGCUAAAAGCGCAAAGAUCAAAGACAUUGCCUAUCAAUUAACGCACGGGGAAGUGGGUGGAAAAUUGAGUUUUAUAAUGGGAGGGGGUAAACAAAAUUUUAUUGAUUCUUCGCUUUACGAGAACGGAAAACGUUCGGAUCGUUUAGAUUUGAUCGAGUACUUUCAGCAGGAACAUCCCGAUAAUGUUUAUGUGGAAACACGCAGUGAGCUUAUGCAAGUUAAUCUGUCAAAAGCUAAUCGUGUUUUGGGUCUUUAUCAAGACAGUCAUAUGUUGUAUCAUUUGGAGACUAAUGAAAAUACAAAUCAACCAACCUUAGAGGAAAUGACAAUCAAAGCUAUUGAACAUUUACAGCAUAAUGAAAACGGUUACUUUGUAUUCAUAGAAGGAGGUCUAAUCGAUUGGGCCCAUCACGUUAAUAAGCCGCGCUUAGCAUUAGAUGAAAGCAUAGAAUUUUCAAAGGCCAUACAGGCUGCUCGUCAAAUAACUAGCGAGGAGGAUACUUUAAUUGUGGUAACAGCCGAUCAUUCCCAUGCUUUUAGUUAUGGCGGCUAUCCGCAACGCAAAAGCGAUGUUUUUGAUCCUGCUCCUGCUGGUGGAAAAGAUGGAAAACCUUAUAUGCCAUUGAAUUACGCUAAUGGUCCUAGUUUUUCUAAAUUUUUCGACAACGAAAAUGGGCAAAGAGUAGAUCCGUUGCUAAAUAUUGUCGGUGAUACAAACGAUGAAUAUCCAUCAACUUGGCCUAUGCAAUGGGAGACACAUGGAGGUGAUGAUGUUCCGGUAUACGCUUCGGGUCCUUGGUCACAUUUAUUUACCGGCGUCUACGAACAAAACGCUUUACCUCAUUUAAUGGCUUAUGCUGCCUGCCUGGGUAAUGGCUUAACAAUGUGUACGACGUAGAAAUUUAUUUAAAAUAUUUUCUUGUAAUACCUCUUAAAAUUAAUUCAGUGUAUUAAGCGAUAAAUCGUUGAAAAAAGAGGGAAAAUACUUCUUUUCUUUUUUUUUGCUUUCGCAGCUUAAUACAAUUGUAAUUAAAGCUAAUUAAAACUUUAUUAAAGAAAUGAGAGGGAAA